GUCAGAGAAUGGUCGGAUGGAGAGCAGCUUCUGUCUGCAAACACUAAGCUUCAGUUACAGGUUUUUUAAAGUGUCAAGGGCGGAAAAACAGCAAACCUUCUCUGCCUCCUCUGCCUCCUCCUCCUCCUCCCCUGCCAGCCUAUUUUUCUCUGGAGAAAAAAGGGCUAGUCGGCGUGUUCUGUGGUGGAGGAAAGGUGGCUGACGGCAACACCGAAGCUGCCUCCAAAAUCGGAGAAAUCUCAUCUCUUGAAUCUGCUUUGCAAACAAGGCAUUGUUGCAAGGUUUCCUGGAGGUUAUUUGGAUAUUUGCAAGGGGGUCAGAGAGUAAAAACCUGCAGCCAUGUCGCCUUUCCUGCGGAUUGGGUUCUCCAACUUUGAGAUUGAUCCCAGCCUGGCCUACCAUGAAGAGGUGCUGAACCCGUAUUGUGCCGUUUACAUGAAGGAGGCCAUCGACACAGAAAAGGGCCAAGUGUACAAACAAAAGAAGCCAACCAUGUACCCGCCGUGGAGCACCACGUUUGAUGCCCACAUCCACCGCGGUCGCAUCAUGCAUGUAAUGGUGAAAGAUCGGACAGCGGAGCUGAAGUCUGAGGCCACGGUGGCUUUGGACUCGCUUGCCACACGAUGCAAGAAGGAGAAUGGCAAGCUGGAGAUCUGGCUGGAGCUGAAGCCACAGGGUCGCCUAAGGAUGGAGGCCAGGUAUUAUCUGGAGAAAAGUGAUGCGGCUGGUCAGAAUGAGGGAGACCAAGAGCCCGAACUUGAGCGAGAGGGUCUGUUCGCCCUCCAUCAGCGGCGAGGUGCCAUCAAACAGGCCAAAGUUCAUGUUGUCAAAUGUCACGAGUUUAGCGCCACAUUCUUCCCUCAGCCGACCUUCUGCUCCGUCUGCAAAGAGUUUGUCUGGGGCCUGAACAAGCAGGGUUACCAGUGCAGACAGUGCAAUGCAGCUAUUCACAAAAAAUGCAUAGACAAAGUAAUCGCCAAAUGCACUGGUUCAGCCAUUAACAGCAAAGAAACAAUGAUCCACAAGGAGCGCUUCAAGAUCGACAUGCCCCACCGGUUUAAAGUCUACAACUACAAAAGUCCCACUUUCUGUGAACACUGUGGUACUCUGCUGUGGGGGCUCGCCAAGCAGGGGCUCAAAUGUGAGGAGUGUGGCAUGAACGUCCAUCAUAAAUGCCAGAAGAAAGUAGCCAACCUCUGUGGGGUCAACCAAAAACUGAUGGCUGAAGCUCUGGCCAUCAUCGAGAGUAAACAGCAGGCCAGAAGCACCAAAGAAACUGACAUUAUUGGUCGAGAAGGUCCAGUCGGUGUUGGCCAGCCGGGAGUAGUCCGAGCUCCGUCUGGGUUAAUAACGGGUGUACCAGCCACAGCUACACCUCCAAACACAAACAAAGAGAUACAGGGUGUUUCAUGGGACGGACCAGCUGACAUCAGCAGGUCGAUCACUGAGGCGCUGACAGAAGAAGAGCCUCUGUACGCUGUUCCCAGGAGGGAUCACCAACCCAGAUUCACCAUUGAUGACUUCAUCCUGCACAAGAUGCUCGGGAAAGGCAGCUUUGGCAAGGUGUUUUUAGCCGAGCUGAAAAAAAGCGGCAAGUUUUUCGCGGUGAAGGCCCUAAAAAAGGAUGUGGUGCUGAUGGACGAUGACGUCGAGUGCACCAUGGUGGAGAGGAGCGUCCUCUCUUUAGCCUGGGAAAAUCCUUUCCUCACACACCUUUACUGCACCUUCCAGACCAAGGAGAACCUGUUCUUCGUGAUGGAGUAUCUGAAUGGAGGGGAUCUCAUGUUCCACAUCCAGACCUGCCACAAGUUUGACUUGCACAGAGCAACCUUCUAUGCAGCUGAGAUCAUUUGUGGACUCCAGUUCCUGCAUUCUAAAGGAAUCAUUUACAGGGAUCUGAAGCUGGAUAAUGUGCUGUUGGACUCUGAUGGUCAUAUUAAGAUAGCAGACUUUGGCAUGUGUAAGGAGAACAUGCAGGACGACUCGCGGACGGCCACCUUCUGUGGGACACCCGACUACAUCGCCCCUGAGAUCCUGCUGGGUCAGAAGUACAACUGCUCAGUGGAUUGGUGGUCGUUUGGAGUGCUGCUGUACGAGAUGCUGAUCGGUCAGUCUCCGUUCCACGGCCGCGACGAGGAGGAGCUGUUUCAAUCCAUACGAACAGACAACCCUGUGUACCCCCGCUGGCUCACCAAAGACGCCAAGGACAUUCUAGUCAAGUUGUUUGUGAGGGAGCCCGAGGAGCGCCUGGGAAUUAAGGGAAACAUCAGACAGCACAAUUUCUUCAGCGUCACAGACUGGAACGCCCUGGAACAACGGCAGGUGGCACCACCCUUCAGGCCAACUUUAACGUCGCCAAGCGACUGCAGUAACUUUGACAAAGAGUUCAUCAAUGAGAAGCCCCGGCUGUCGUGUGCCGACCGGACGCUCAUCAACAGCGUUGACCAGACGAUGUUCAGAAACUUCUCCUUUGUUAACCCUGGGAUGGCUCACAUCACAGCACGCUGAGCACCCGACCACCAACCUACUACCUAACAACAAGCCACUCAGUCACAAUCAGCACUUACUGUAACUGAAACAAACUGCAGAGACUUUAGACCAUGAAUGUCACAAAACUCAACUGUAUCCAUAAACAUGAUGAUAACCACUAAGGGGGUGUCCUGGGUGUACAGCACAUACAACGCAACUGCGACGGGAUCUUUGUCGCAUGUCGUUUCUGUCCCUUUCCAUUUUAAAAUGUCAAACUAAAAUGUCCACAAUAUUUUAACUACAAAAGCGUCUGGGCUGAGACAAAUAGGAUAUACCAGGAUUGUUUACAUAAUAACAAUUUACCUGAAGGCCAUAUAUAUCCACAUAUAUAGUCAAACAUAAAUGUUUAUCACAGUAAAUCUAAGGCCCCAUCCACACUACUCUGUUUUAGUUUACAAACGGAGAAUUAAAACAAAUACGAUCUCCGUCCACACCAGCGUUUUAGCUGCAUUUUGGAGUUGAUCUCCGUCUACAUGAAAACGACUGUAAACGCACAUCUACUGGCUGUUCAGGUACACUGGCCAUGCGCGUGCCGGUGUAAACAUGAAGCAGAUAAUCUCUUCCUGGUUACAGAAGAUUUGGCGAAAGAAAAAAUAAAUACAGACGAAGAAGGGUUGUUUUUUUUUUUUGCAUGCACCAAUAAGGAGCUGGGACUGUUACUGAAUGUAAAACAGGAGUGUGGCGGCGGGAAACAGACUGGGAGUUGCAAAGUAAAUGCGACAUGCAUAGUACAAGUGUAGGCAGAUGAGUUUUUUGCAUUUGGUACAGAAUAUUUUAAUAAAAAUAUGAUGUCAAAAACCCGGUCAGCAGCAUUGUGUUUCUGCUUUGCAUGACUUCUAAGACCCAAUAAGACAGCUGAGCGUGAGCGGCUGUGUCAUCGUUUCUAAUGUCCUCCGUUUUGGCCCGUCUUCACUAAAACGCCCUCCGGAGUUUUGAAACGCAAAACGGGGUCGGCAGCGUUUCUAAACUUCUCCGUUGUAGGUCUUUGUUUUCACCAUUGUAGUCUGGACGGGAGGUGCAAACGUAGCAAAAGGUCUCCGUUUUAAUUCGAUAACGCAGUACUGUGGAUGGGGCCUAAGACAGUCAACCAAUUCAUUCCUCAGUUUAAAAGCAUAUAAUUAAUUACCUUUAGCGCCCCUUUAGUAUGUAACCCCCUUAAAUUGCUUUUGUGCUUACAUGGUUGUGUUUAUCAAUAGAAAAUGUGUUAUUAUUUUAUGGUGCCUCAUCGUACUUUAUCGAGUAAAGCAAUCUAAAAAAUUUGGUUACACCAAAUUACAUUUAAUUCACUGUCCUAUUCCAUAGGUUAAUGAGUCUUUUACCUCAAUCACGUUGGGUAAAGUUAAUACAUUUUAACAGUCCUUUGUUAUGUAAAUAAAAUAAAUGUAUUCUGUUGAUAUACCGCACUGUCAGUUGGAUGUGGAUCUGUUAAUGAGUUCAAUUACCGGGUUUUUGUUUACGUGUGUUUUCUUAUCGUACCUCAGGAGUUUUAUUGAUGCUGUUAUUUGGACCAGGUACUAUAAUCCCUGCAUACUGUAGUUUUUGUUGUCCAAUUCACUGUGAAUCCUGUACAAUAAAAGGUGUGUUUUUCUA